AUGUUAAACAUCGACGGACUCGCUCUGGCUGUUUUAUGUGUCGAAGUCGAAGAGUCAAGUGCGACGAAACCAGGCCAAUUUGCGAACGUGGGUGCAGAACUGAACUACAUGUCGCGUGAACGAUAUCAAUAUGCUGACACUGCCAAGGUUGCAAAAAGGGAAAUCGAGAAUGUGUUUACCCUGAUCCCCCAUCGUCAAAAGCUUCGAGUGUCAGAAGAUGACGAAGACGCUGAACGAGACAUCAAACUCGAGACGAUAGUCGAUGAAGACGAAGAGACAGAAGAUCAGACACGGUCGCCGGAAUUCUCCCUGCAAUCAAAAAGCGCCUCCCCUUCCACUGCGACAGCUACUCCAAGCAGUCUGGCGGCUGUGUAUCCCUCUUCCGAGUUCCCCGUCAGUCUUGGAGAUACCGACUGGUCCCAUUUGCCGCCGCAGUAUCAGAAAGGCCUUUCUUUCUUCGUGGAAAAUCUCAAUCACUUCAAUUAUUGCAUACCGCUUGACUCGGACGAGUUUUUCACAAAGAUUCUGCCCAAUCUGGCUACCUGCCAUGAACCAUUAUUGAAUGCGGUUGUUGGUUUCUCAGCGUAUCAUUCCACGCUGCAAAACCCAGAGGGCAAGCUUCAAGACUUUCUCCAAUACUAUAAUAAAAGUGUAACACAGUUACUGGGUCUGCUGCAAAGAAAGGAGAAGCCUAACAUUGCUACUCUUCUGACAAUCCUGCAGCUGGCUACCAUUGAGGAAUAUUUUGGUGACUGGGUCAAUCUUAUGGGCCACCAAAAAGCGGCUUUUGGGAUAAUAACGAGUAUUUUCACCCCGCAGACCGUAAUGCGAACCCCCGUAGGUCGCAUGUGCCUCAGCUGGUAUGCUCGGUUCGACAGUUUUGUUGCCUUGAUGGGAGGCUUCCCCACCGAUCUACCUCGAGAGUGGUUCCAGGCCAUGUUGGAUUUCUACAAGUCAGGAGUUGCGGCCAACCCAGAAGAAGUACACUGGAAAAUCGAUGAGUGGUCCGCUCAGCUUCGCCUAAUUUCCUACGAUAUGUCGAUCUUGUUUGCGCGAGGCAGUAGAGGCCAGAUAUCACCCGAAGACUUCGUCAAGGAACACGAACUUAUCAACCAAAGACUGAUAGACUGGAAGGAGAAAAGAGACCCUGCUCUCCAGGACUCGAAAUACCUUGUUCGGGAUUUUCCCCCUCCUGAAACACUUGACCCAGAGGACUUUGUCAACCCCUAUACAGUUGGUAUACUCUACGAACGCCCGUUGUUCGACGUCACAGUUCUAUGUGCGGAGUGGAACAGUAUUAUGAUAAUGCAUAAAUGCCAAUCAUCAGGCAUGAGGCCAGAUCAACUGUUCGCGGAUCUCAAUCGGCAUGCAUAUAGGACCUGCCAAUACUUUGAAACACUAGAGUUCUGGCCUUCCACGCCCAGAGGUGUCCUAGUUCUAAUACAAGCUUGCAUCGCCAUUGCAGCUUUGUUCUGUCCUCAGGAUGCACAGCACCAUAUGUGGUUUCGUCGAAAGUUCGCGCUACUGGAGACGAUGGGGUAUAUCCAUCCUUUGCCUUUGCGCACCAAAAUGGCAGAAAUGUUCCGAGAACCUUCUUGCGUACAGUGGUGGCUUCCCAAUGGGGAGGGAUUUAGCCCGGUGUUGCAAGAAAUUCGAAACUUUGCGGAUGAACGCAAUGCGGCAGCUGUCACGGCUCAGCAGGAGAGUCUCCGCGAGGUACGACAUAUUUUUGCCAAGAUGUCGUUAAUGGAUGAUGCCAACGCCCCCUCGAGUUCGACCCUCGAUACUACCUCGAAGACGGGGACGAACCCACCUGCAAAAAGCUAA